AUGAAUACCUUAACAAUUAAUGUUACUGAUGCUCAAACAGCUGUCGAUAGUGGAAAAAAAGUGACGAAGUAUAAAGUUAUUUUAAAAAAUGGCAACCAACAGUGGGAAUUAUGGCGACGUUUUAAAGAAUUUCAUGCCUUACACGAUCGACUUCGUCGUGUACAGUCGGAUUUAAAACUUCCUAGUCGUCGAAUACUAGGCGAUUCAUUUGAACCAGAAUUUAUUGAAAAACGACGAUCAGGUCUAAAUGAUUACAUCCAACAGAUUAUCACAAUACCACAAAUAAUGAAUAUGCCAGAAGUAAUUGAAUUUUUUGCUCUAAAAAAUCUUCAGACUCCAACAACUCCACAAAAAUUACAAAGCAAAACCAACAACACUCCACCAGUAACACCGGUUCAUGAAGAUGAUCAAGACACUAAAAGCAUAGAUGCUAUUCAAGCUAAUCUUGGUCAAACAGAAAAAAAAUCAGUAAAACCAGAUGAUUUCGAAUUUGAUAAAUGUAUUGGAAAAGGUUCAUUUGGAAAGGUGUAUUUGACGCGACAUAAAGUAGAAAAUAAAGUAUAUGCUAUUAAAGUUGUUAGUAAAGCAUUGAUCAAACGUAAACGUGAAGAACGACACAUAAUGGCAGAACGAGAUGUACUUGUGAAAAAUACACAUCAUCCAUUUCUAGUAUCACUUCAUUAUUCGUUUCAAACAGCUGAUAAACUUUAUUUUGUUAUGGAUUUUGUUAAUGGUGGUGAGCUAUUUUAUAUUUUACAAAAAGAACGAAGUUUUCCAGAACCUCGUGCAAGAUUUUAUGCGGGAGAAAUAACAGCAGCUAUUGGCUAUUUGCAUAAAUUAGAUAUAAUCUACAGAGAUUUGAAACCAGAAAACAUUCUCAUUGACCGAGAAGGGCAUGUACGACUCACCGAUUUUGGGUUAUGUAAAGUGAUGUUGUCGACUGAAGGAAAAGAAGGAAGAACUGGUACAUUCUGUGGCACUCCUGAGUAUCUUGCACCAGAAGUCCUACGUCGUGAAGCAUACACAAAAGCUGUUGACUGGUGGUGUCUGGGAUCGGUGACAUACGAGAUGUUGUGUGGAAGACCACCAUUUUAUAGUCGUGAUGUAAACGAAAUGUAUGGAAAUAUUUUGAAUACACCUCUAAGAUUUUAUGGAAAUAUCUCUGAAAUUGCUAAAACUUUAAUUGAACAAUUACUUCGAAAAAAUCCACUUGAUCGAUUAGGAUCGUUAAAUGAUGUGUCGGAUAUUAAACGUCAACCAUUUUUUGCCUCGAUCGAUUGGGAAAAAUUAGAAGCAAAAAAAGUGCCUCCACCAUGGAAACCACCAGUGUCAGCAGACGAUGACACGAUACAAAUUGAUCGAGAAUUUAUCGUCGAUCCUAUUUCUGCGUCUGUUCAACCCUCCCAUCCACUUCCUAAUGUAGAUCCAGCUUUUGCUGGUUUUACGUUUAUUCCUACGAAAACCAUGGAAUCUUGA